AUGGCUGUGGCAUCAGUCCCGGUAACUCACGGCCGUCACAGUAUGCUGAAAUCGGUCGCAGCACUGAACGGUCGCGUCUUCGACACCGACCCUGUUAUCGCGUACAUGCUCCUAGGCAUGUCUCAACAACAAAGGUUGGCUUAUCUGCCGACAUACUGGACCACGCUCAUCAAGUCAGCCUUACUUAAUCGCGCAGUGAUCACCGAAGCCGAUGGCUGGAAAUCGGCAUCGGUCAUGAUUCCACCCGGUGGAUACAUUGACAAUGUCUGGACUCUUCUGUGGGCUGGAUUUCUGGGCGUUCUAUGGAAGAUGGGACUCUCAGGCGUUAAGCGCCUUUGGUUCGAAUUCUCCGACAAGAUCGACAACGCGAAGAAAAAGGGUCUACGUGGACAGAGUCGAUACUACUACAUAUUCAGUAUCGGAACCGAGCACGAACACCGUGGAAAAGGCCUCGCCAAAGCCAUCAUGCGGGAUCACCAGAAGACCGCUCAAGCCGCGAACCUCCCGAUCUGGCUCGAAGCAACAACUGCAGGCUCGCGUGCUCUGUACCUGUCGAUGGGAUUUCAGGAAGUCGAAGAGAUUCGACUUGGCAAGGGUAAUGUCGCUGCUGAUGCAAGUCUUCAGUCUGGCGGGCCAGGAGUAUCUCUCUGGGCGAUGAUAUGGUGGCCAACCCCAACUCCUGAGGCUACUUCCUAA